UUAAAGUUGAAGGAGAACAACUCGCCGAUUUUAGUGCAAAAAAGAAAUAUAUUGAAAAAACAAAGGUAAAUACCAAGAAGAAGGACACAGUCUUGAAAUGCACAACUGAUCAGAGGCAACGAUGGAUGAUACAGUGCAGCAGAAACUAGAGAAUUUCCCUGAUUUUGGAGGUUUCCAGGAGAAAGGAAGGGCUUUCAGCACCAGUACCCCACUAGUCCAUAAUAAACUUAGUGACUCCCUCCCUCCACGAUCCCUUUCCACUAGUGCCUGGUCUCCCAAUGACAGUGGAUAUGCCGACUCUAUAUCUAGUGAUGACACUUGCCAAGUAACUCCCAAUGCAAGCAAGGAAAGUUUUACUCAAUUCCGAUUAACCAAUUUGGAUCUUAGUCCAAGUCCACCACAGAUUUCUCAGAAACAUAGUACGCUACAAACAGAUAAAUUUGUGCCAAGGUUUUCCUUGGGUUUUCAUACUCUGGACUAUGAAAUUCCAGAAGAGGAACUGGUGUUUGAGAAAUUCUCUCCGAACAAGAGUCCAAUUCCGCACUACAGUUUGGAGGAUGAGGAUAUGUGUUCAGAAGAAACAGAAGCAAGUGCUGCAGCUUCCCAGGCAUUAGACUCUGAGUUAACAAAGACAUUUGAUGCUGUGCUGCAGCAGUGUAUGCCAAAGGUGCCGGAUAGGAUAAUUGGGAGAAAGAUGGGGCUGGAGCGGAUGGAUGUGGUUAGUGAGCUGAAUGACCGAGGGAUGGUGGUCAUCCUGGAGAAAAUCGCUAGCUAUCUUCAGGCCUCAGAUAUACGCAGAAUGUGUAGGGUCAGUAAGAAAUGGACUUCUAUAUGCAGUAGAUGGACCAUCCAAAAGCAACGAAGACCAAGGUCAUUGAAACGCUUAGACAAGGAAAAUGUGAGGCACAAGGUCCCUCAAGAACUGGAUACUGUCCGAAAAUGUCUCACUGUAGGGGAACAAACCACAUUAUGUACCAUCCAGGCCAUUCAAGAGAGAGUACCCCCACUCUCCUCCAUUGGCACACAAAAGGACUUGUUUGUACAGACAGCACAGUCACUGAAGAAUGAGGAAAAAAUGACGAAAUGUCCUAUGUGCCAGCAGGCAGCUAUAGUGUACCCUGUCCAGGAGAGGGGAAUGUGCCAAUCAGACAAGUGUCAGUUUGACUACUGUGUUAAGUGCUUCCAUCCAUUCCAUCAAAGUAAGCCUUGUGAAUCGCUGACAGUUCCCAAACGUUCCAAAGAUUCAAAAAUUGGAGGGAAACAUGGAAAGAAGUUUCUGAGGCGGUUAUAGCACAAGUAUUAACGUGGACUGUUCUGAUGGAGAUUCAUCCCCUCCUGAGUCAGCACCAUCCAGUGGUGGUCAUCACCAUAAGGCAGCUAUCCACCGAGAAGUACAACAGAACAGAGUGGACCAUACAAACCCAACACAGUACAGGGGUCAGACACAGCUCAGCUGAAGCAUAUAAAAUACUGCUGAUAUCAGCUAGCUGUAUAAAGGGUCCACAUUCAUUUGGUCCCACUACCUCACCAAGCAAGACAAUAUGAGGCACUACCCAAUGUGUUUAAUACUUUCAUGUUUUUCCUUCUGCCAAAUGUGUUCACUUUAUGCUCAGGAUAAGAGCAUCUUUUAUUGAGUGUUUGUAGCAUGCAUUUAUUUUUUAAUAUAUUGUUUUUUUUUCUUUGAUAUUUUAAAUAAUUUUUUUUUUUACUGAACUUUUUUUUUAUAUUUUACUGGUGUAACAUAAAACCACCACAAUUCCACUAGAAUGAAGAUGAAUUUUAUACUGCACAAUAUUUUAACUUCGUUGUUGAAUUUUAUAUACAAAGCACUGAAAAACUUAACAAAACAAGAAAUAUUGCCUUCACGAACAAUUACAAAUACCUAGCAGUUCUCGAAAACUAUUUCACAAUGCAUCUUUGGUACUUAGUUGUGAUGCAUGUAAAACAUCAAACUAGUUUGUGGUAUGAUACAAAUUAGCUUUACAUUAUUACAUAGAAUAUUGCUUUAUACAGAUUUAUUAUGUAUGGUUGAUCAUAUGUUCAAAGAUUAUAUUUUGAAUAAAAUUUAUUUCUUUAAAUUUAAA